CAGAAGGAGUCGACUCUGCACUUGGUGCUUCGUCUUCGAGGUGGUAUGCAGAUCUUCGUGAAGACCCUCACUGGCAAGACGAUAACGCUAGAGGUUGAGCCGAGUGAUUCGAUAGAGAAUGUGAAGGCGAAGAUUCAGGACAAGGAGGGAAUUCCGCCAGACCAGCAGCGUCUGAUCUUCGCAGGGAAGCAGCUGGAGGACGGUCGUACACUGUCAGACUACAACAUCCAAAAGGAGUCGACUCUGCACUUGGUUCUUCGCCUUCGUGGUGGCAAUAAACUAGUUUUAGUUCUAACUUUUUUUGCGUGCCUUUGA